ACAGAAAGAGAAGAACUGAGGAAGAAAGAGGUCAGCAAACGAGUCGUAUACAUCACAUUUUCCACUUCUCUACAACAUAAGUUCAUUGACAUUUAAAGCCAGUUUUGCUGCAGACUCUUGAGAAAUAUGUGCAUCAGUAAAUGUACAUCCGUUCUUCCACGGAGUAACGGAUCGGAGUAAACCUCGCUUGAGACUCGUUGCUACCAUUGGAGUUACUACCGGUGUAUACACGUUUGACAGGAAUACCAAGUGCGUGAAAAAUGUUGAAUCGAGCGAAUAAAUGGACGAGAUCGUGUAAGAAAACUGGUUCGGACGUUUAACCUCGACUCUUCGAUAGCGAGCUGAAUAAGAAUCAAAUUUAUAAUCGUUCUUAUAAAUAAUAGUGUGACGUAUUAAUUAAUUUCAAGUGUAUUCAGUGACUCGAUCGAACACUUUUCUCAAAACUACGAAUAUUUUAAAAAACAGACAUUCAGAUUCAUUUUUUUUAUCUCUGCUUUGUUUUUCGAGAAAAGAAAACAUCUUCGAGGUUGAGGCGACUCGAGUUAUUUAUCUAAACGACGUCAAUGAAACCCAUCAAUGAUAACAACUAAAUCAUUUUCACAACGAAACGAUCUACUUGAAUUCACUCGUCAAGCUGAUUCACGACGGUGUCGUUCUAUUUGGUGUCACGAACUAUGUUCAAAUAAAUCGAGGCCUGUCAUUAAAUGAAAAUCUCUUCUAACCAAAAAUUGAAUAUUCAUAUUAUUUGACAUUCUGUUAAUAAGGAUUCGAUUAUUGUACUUUUUUACCAUAGAAUUAUUGACUACACUCGUUAAAUAUUUUGGAAUAUUUCGAAUGAUUGUACUCGAAGAAAAAUCAUCGAUACGUACGACGUAAAGUGAUCGAUACGUGUGUUGCAAGGACGGCGGUCCUUUCUGUAUUUAAGAAGAAGAAAGAUAUCUCGAUAGAGUCUCUAGCUCGUCAAGCUGAUCAGUUAUACGCCAACAGUAGAAGGAGACGGUUUCGAAACGUCUCUCCGUGAUCGGUUCGCUUACUAUCGAUUUUACUUUCAACGAGAUGGCGAGCGUUGAUAAUGAUUUGGAGGAGCUAAUGGGGCAUCUCGGAGAAUUUGGAAAAUAUCAAUUCUGGCAAUUCUCUUUACACAUCGUUGGAGCUUUGACUGCCGGAUUACACAUGUUAACUUUAUUGACUGUUGCUGCAGUACCUGCUCACAAAUGCGUUGUACCAGUUAUUAAGUCCACUCUAAUAGAUGUAUUCAACGAUUCGUUGGUAGUAACAAACAUAACUAACACGAUCACUGAAUCAGAACCAUUGGACACUUGUAAUUACUUGGAUGAAUUUAACGUGACGAAGAAAUGCGAAUCUUGGACAUAUGACACGGAAUAUUUCAAAUCAUCACGUGGUAUGGAGUGGAAUUUUGUUUGUUCGCGUAGAUGGAUGGGUGCAAUGGCUCAAUCGGCGUAUAUGUUCGGUGUGUUCAUUGGUGCCGUGACCUUGGGCAGUCUCGCCGAUAAAUACGGAAGGAAGAUAAUUUUCUACGUCUCCGCGGUAUUGCAACUGAUACUCGGUACCAUGGUCGCUUUGGUCAACGAGUAUUACACCUUCCUUCUCGUGAGAUUCCUCUACGGUGUCUUUGGCUCAGCUGGGUCUUACAUAACAGGAUUUGUACUGACGAUGGAACUAGUGGGCGCUUCGAAGAGAACCAUCUGCGGUAUAAUGUUCCAAUUCGCUUUCGCAACCGGUUUUAUGUUAGUCGCUGCUUGGGGUGCCCUGAUAAAGGAUCGAACCUGGUUACAAAUCAUUUAUGGACUACACAGUGCGCUAAUGCUAGGACACUGGUGGCUUAUGGAUGAAUCCCCAAGAUGGUUAUGGGCUCAAGGCCGAACUAAGGAGGCCGUGGAUAUCGUGAGGAGGGCAUUAAAGAUGAACGGGAAUAACGUGGACUUGAAUAGCGGAAAAUUUCUCUCGAGGUCGAAGAUACAGCAAAGUUCCGAGGAAGAUCAAACUCAUAGCGGAAUCGAUUUAUUGAAAACUCCAAAUCUUCGGAAAAAAACCUUGAACGUAUGCCUCAAUUGGUUCGCCAAUUCGAUUGUUUACUACGGCUUAUCUUUGAAUUCCGGAAAUCUCGUGGGCAAUCCUUAUUUAAUGCUCUUCCUGAGCGGCCUCGUCGAGCUGCCAUCAUAUAUUAUGUUGAUAUUCCUGAUGGAUCGUACCGGUAGAAGGUGUCUAGUUAGUACAUUCAUGUUGAUCGGCGGACUUUGCUGUAUAUGCGCAACUUUCGUCCCGAAAGAGGACAAUACUGGAGCAACAGCGACAGCUGUUAUAGUAUUGUUCGGUAAAGCCUGUAUCGCGGCAUCCUUCGCAGUGAUCUAUAAUUACACAGCCGAACUAUUUCCCACGGUGGUGAGGAAUACGGCCCUUGGUAUUGGCUCCAUGUGCGCUCGUCUCAGCGGCGCCUUAACGCCGUUGAUCAUGCUCUUAGAUUUUCUAGAUCCGAAAGUACCAGCCACGUUGUUCGGUCUAGUAGCCUUGGCCUCUGGCUUCUUAGCUCUUUAUCUACCGGAAACCGUAAAUCAGCCGAUGCCGGAGACAAUCGAGGACGGUGAGAACUUCGGUAAACACGACACGUGCUUCACCACCUGCCUUGGCGAUAGAAAGCACGAUUAUGUCGACACUUACGAAGUCACUCUUGAUCAAGUGACCGAUAAAGACGAAAAAGACAAAUUGAACGAAAGUUAAUUGCAUCUUGAUCUACGCUUAUAUUAUAAAUUCUAUUCAACGAAUUUUCUUAUUAUCGUUCCUUUUUCACAAAAAAUAAUCUCGCGAUAAAGUAUCAUAAACUCGUCACGUCAAUCUCAUAAAAUCAUGUUAAUUCAAGACUUAUAAUUCGAACUUUUGAUCGGAACUAUAUCAUGUACGGAAAUAUUUUCUUUCUACUCUUGCCCAUCUCAUAACACCGGAACUUAAUAGACGUAUAUUGCUUACUGCGUUUGAUAAAAUCAUUUGGAUUUUAUGUUACAUCGUUCUAUAAUGCAUACACGAUACGUUUGAAUAAACGCGAAUGUAGAUAGCAAUAUUUUUAAGAUAAUCAAUGAAAAUAAUGUGCCUUUUAUCUAACGACAAUCCAAACCCGUUUUUAUUACUAUUGCAAUUAGAUUGUAACUGUCCUUUUUCUUUUCAUAUAAAUCGAAUAAAAUAUAAAGGAAAAAGGAAGAAUUAUUAUUAAAGUUAUAUCCGUUGAUGUGACUAUCGAAAAACCUGUUUGGUCGGUUUUGUAAUAUUCAAAUUGGGACCACUACUGUUGCUAUUUUCGUAUAAUUAAUUUUUAGCUCAACUCUAAUGACACAUAGUGAUUUAUAAAUAUAUCCAUAGACAAUAUAUAUACAUUUACAUACUAUAUAUAUAUAUAUAUAUAUAUAUAUAUAUAUAUAUAUAUAUAUAUAUAUAUAUGGGAGCAUGUAUAGAGAUCGAUUUUUAAUAAAUUACGAAGCAUGCAAACACAAAUUGUAACAUAAAAUUCUGUAAAAUAUAUGUACGCGUAUUAAUUAAUGAUAUAUAUAAAUUGUGAUUAAGUACGAAAAAUAAAUUUGCAUGUAUAUAUACAUAUAUGUACGUGCCUCGUACAGUA